UUUUUUUGAACCCUCAUUUCCCUCAUAUUAAUAUUCCAAACUUUCCAGACUUGUGGUACAACAUCCCAUCUAUGGGUAUCCCCGAUUUAAGCAGUCAACUACUAUCACAAGGAAUAGAUGCCUUAAACAACAACCCGUCCUUUACCCUAUCAAAUACAUCAACUACAACCUCUUCUAGCCAUUCAAAUCAUCAACAAAAUAAUUUUUAUUCGAAUUAUCCCCUCCAUACACUACCUCAAUUGCCCCCUCAUCUUCCCUCUUCUACAACAAAUAAUUAUUAUAAUGGUGAUAAUUAUGGAGCUUAUUACGGAGCUAAUUUCCAACAAACCUUUUUAAAUAAUUCUGCAACACCUUUAUUACAUUAUAAUGAUGGUGGAGGUGGAGAUAAUGGGGGAGGAGGAGGAUUGUUAAUUGAUGGAGGGAAUAGUAAUAUUAGUUUAGCUGUAGUUGAACCAAAGUAAGGAAAUUUAAAAAAGGACAAAGAUGUGGGGAUAUGUCUAGGAUUUUUUGAGUUUCGAGUUUCGAAUUUCGAGUUGUUUCGAGUUAUCACCCAAAACCUUUCGGAAGCUUGUGAGAAGCUUUUG